AUGGCUCCGCUCCGCGCGCUGCUAUCCUGCCUGCUGCCCCUGCACUGUGCGCUCUGCGCCGCCGCGGGCAGCCGGACCCCAGAGCGGCCCCUCCCCGGAAGGCUCGGUGACUAUGGUGUGACCGUGCCCCGCAGCACGGAUUUCCGGGGACGCUUCCUCUCCCAUGUGGUGUCCGGCCCAGCAGCAGCCUCUACAGGGAGUGCGUCAGAGGACAGGCCACCUGCACCGCCCUCACACGCUGGUCACCCGCGGGUGGCCCGCAGCCCCCUGCGCCCCAGAGGAGCCACUCCACAGCCUGACAGGCUCUACUUCAAUGUCACUGUGUUCGGGGAGGAAUUGCACUUGCGCCUGCGGCCCAACCGGCGGCUGGUGGUGCCCGGAGCCUCCGCAGAGUGGCAGGAGGACUUUCGGGAGCUCUUCCGACAGCCCUUGCAGCAAGAGUGUGUCUACACCGGGAGUGUCACAGGCAUGCCAGGGGCAGCUGUCGCCAUCAGCAACUGUGAUGGACUGGCGGGCCUCAUCCGCACAGACGUCACCGACUACUUCAUUGAGCCCCUGGAGCGGGGGCAGCAAGAGAAGGAGGCAGGCGGGCGGACACACGUGGUGUACCGCCGGGAAGCUGUCCAGCAGGAGUGGGCAGAGCCUGGAGGGGACCUUCACAACGAAGCCUUUGGCCUGGGCGACCUUCCCAACCUGCUGGGCCUGGUGGGAGGCCAGCUGGGAGAAGCGGAGCGGAAGCGGCGGCACGCCAAGCCGGGCAGCUACAGCAUCGAGGUGCUGCUGGCCGUGGACGACUCCGUGGUGCGCUUCCACGGCAAGGAGCACGUGCAGAACUACGUCCUCACCCUCAUGAACAUCGUGAAUGAAAUUUACCACGACGAGUCCCUGGGGACGCACAUUAACAUUGCGCUUGUCCGCUUGAUCAUGGUUGGCUACCGACAAUCCCUGAGCCUGAUUGAGCGUGGGAACCCCUCCCGCAGCCUGGAGCAGGUGUGUCGCUGGGCCCACUCUCAGCAGCGCCAGGACCCCGGCCACGCAGAGCACCACGACCACGUCAUCUUCCUCACCCGGCAGGACUUUGGGCCCUCAGGUAUGCAAGGGUAUGCACCUGUCACUGGCAUGUGCCACCCCCUGAGAAGCUGUGCCCUUAACCACGAGGACGGCUUCUCUUCUGCCUUCGUGGUGGCCCACGAGACUGGUCAUGUGCUCGGCAUGGAGCAUGACGGCCAGGGCAACGGCUGCGCGGAUGAGACCAGCCUGGGCAGCGUCAUGGCACCCCUGGUGCAGGCUGCCUUCCACCGCUUCCACUGGUCCCGCUGCAGCAAGCUGGAGCUCAGCCGCUACCUUCCCUCCUACGACUGCCUCCUGGAUGACCCCUUUGCACCCGCCUGGCCCCAGCCCCCGGAGCUGCCUGGCACUGACUAUUCCAUGGACGAGCAGUGCCGCUUUGACUUCGGCACCGGGUACCACACCUGCUCCGCGUUCACGACCUUUGAGCCCUGUAAGCAGCUGUGGUGCAGCCACCCCGACAACCCGUACUUCUGCAAGACCAAGAAGGGGCCCCCGCUGGACGGGACCGAGUGUGCGCCAGGCAAGUGGUGCUUCAAAGGUCACUGCAUCUGGAAGUCACCAGAGCAGACUUACGGCCAGGAUGGCGGCUGGAGCUCCUGGACCAACUUCGGGUCAUGUUCGAGGUCAUGCGGGGGCGGAGUGCGAUCCCGUAGCCGGAGCUGUGACAAUCCCUUCCCAGCCUACGGAGGCCGCCUGUGCUCAGGGCCCAUGUUCCAGUACCAGGUCUGCAACAGCGAGGAGUGCCCGGGGCCCUACGAGGACUUCCGGGCCCAGCAGUGUGCCAAGCGCAACUCCUACUACCUCCACCAGAACGCCAAGCACAGCUGGGUCCCCCACGAGCCUGAUGAUGACACCCAGAAGUGCGAGCUGAUCUGCCGGUCAGAGGACACGGGGGAUGUGGUCUUCAUGAACCAAGUGGUCCACGAUGGGACACGCUGCAGCUACCGGGACCCCUACAGUGUCUGUGCCCGCGGAGAGUGUGUGCCCGUCGGCUGUGACAAAGAAGUGGGGUCCAUGAAGGCAGACGACAAGUGUGGGGUCUGUGGCGGCGACAACUCCCACUGCCGGACUGUGAAGGGGACGCUGGGCAAGGCCUCCAAGAAGGCAGGAGCUCUCAAGCUGGUACAGAUCCCAGCAGGUGCCAGGCACAUCCAGAUUGAGGAGCUGGAGAAGGCCCCCCACCGCAUUGCGGUGAAGAACCAGGUCACAGGCAGCUUCAUCCUCAACCCCAAGGGCAAGGAAGCCGCUAGCAGGACCUUCACUGCAAUGGGCCUGGAGUGGGAGUACGCAGUGGAGGACGCCAAGGAAACCCUCAAGACGAGCGGGCCCCUGCCCGAAGCCAUCGCUGUCCUGGUGCUCCCCCCAGCUGAGGGUGGCCCCCGCGGCAGCCUGGCCUACAAGUAUGUCAUCCACGAGGACCUGCUGCCCCUCAUCGGCAGCAACAACGUUCUCCUGGAGGAGACGGACACCUACGAGUGGGCGCUCAAGAGCUGGGCCCCCUGCACCAAGCCCUGCGGAGGAGGUAUCCAGUUCACCAAAUACGGCUGUCGGCGCCGACGAGACCAUCACAUGGUACAGCGGCACCUGUGCGACCACAAGAAGAGGCCCAAACCCAUCCGCAGGCGCUGCAACCAGCACCAGUGCCCCCAGCCUGAGUGGGUGAUGGAGGAGUGGAGCACCUGCAGCCGGAGCUGUGGGAAGCUGGGGGUGCAGACUCGGGCAGUGCAGUGCCUGCUGCCCCUCUCCAACGGUACCCACAAGGCCAUGCCAGCCAAAGCCUGCCCUGGGGACCGGCCGGAGGCCAGGCGGCCCUGCCUCCGAGUGCCUUGCCCAGCCCAGUGGCGGACCGGAGCCUGGUCCCAGUGCUCUGCCACCUGCGGAGAGGGCAUCCAGCAGCGGCAGGUGGUGUGCCGGACCAAUGCCAACAGUCUCGGACAGUGCGAGGGGGACAAGCCGGACACCAUCCAGGCCUGCAGCCUGCCUGCCUGCAGAGGAAAUCUCCAGAACUCUACCGUGAGGGCUGACGUCCAGGCACUCGUGACCCCACAAUCUGGGCCCCUACAUCCUAUUAACAAGAUAACAUCAACAGAGCCCUGCAUGGGGGACAGGUCGAUCCUCUGUCAGAUGGAGGUGCACGAGCGCUACUGCUCCAUCCCCGGCUACCACCGGCUGUGCUGCGAGUCCUGCUCCAAGAAGGCCUCAGGCCCUGAUGCCAGCCUGGACCCCCGCCUGACCUCACCACCACCCUCCUCCACUCCUGGGAGCCCCUCGCCAGGAGCCAAGGCCCCUCCAGAUGCUGUGGAGCCCACUGUGGCCUCAAUGGGCUCAGACAACCAUCCACGUGGCCGACCCACACAGCUCCCAGGACCUCUGGGUACAAGCCCCCCAGUGACCCAGCGCCUCGGCUCUGCUCCCCAGAAACUGAGUCCUGGAGCAUUGCAGAGUACUUCCCCUGGCGCCACCCGGGGGCGGCCUUGGGGCUGGACCACUGGCCCACCUCUGCCAGCCUCUGAGGAUAAAGGGCAACUCAGCGGAGACCCGAAGCACCCGGGCGCCAGCCUUCCAGCCACCUCCCCGGUGACAUGA